AUGAAAGGAGUUUAUGGUGACGAUGUACUAUCAUACGACAUAGUCAGUCACUGGCAUCUCCAUUUGAAAUGUGGUCGGACACCGAUGGAUACUGCUCCUAUUCCUGAACGACAUUCCGCCAUUGAUGAAGACAGCAUCCAUAAAGUGGAAGCGGUCAUUUUGGAGGAUCACCGCAUAACUAUCCGGCAACUAGCCCAAGAAGUGAAGGUAAGUGUAGGGUCCGUGAAAAACAUCAUUCACAACCAUUUGCAAAUGCGAAAAGUGUCUGCAAAAUGGAUUCCCCGGAUGCUCACACCUUUCCAGAAGCAGGAACGAGCCAAUUGCUCCAGGCUCUUUUGGCAACGGGCCAGACGAAAAAUGGGUUCAUCACUAUGA